CAGCCCUUAAUGUCACGAGUAUUCAGAGCUAAAAAACCCCGAAUUCAAAUCAGUAAAGAAGUCAACUCCUUCCUGUGUCGCCAUCUAUCGGUAAUCGUCAAUAUCGUUUUUCGUGCAGCCCGCGUCACGCGUUCUCCCGAUUUAAUUAAGAAUAUUAAAGAAGUUAUUAAUAUCCCAAAAUAGAAUAUUAUGUCGGGACGUAGAAAACGUAAGAGGGAAUCGAGUGAGGAAAGAUUACAAAGAAAACUUGCAUGCGAGCAAAAGUUAGGAAAAGUGCGCUCGAGGCGACGGCCGCCAUUACCGGCGCCCACACUGCAGAGCGUUCAUACAGACGAUGACGCCGCCGGAAUAUCUCCGUCACCUCAUCAAAAUGAGGAAAAUAAUUUCAUCACGAAACCUAACGAUGAAAACACAGAGAAUGCCCUCGAUGAGGAUAUCAUCAAUAAACUGGGCGAUGCUCCAGAUGAACUACUGUAUGGGCUUCCCAUUCAUAAAGAGCUGGCACUGAGAUGGAUGAAUGCCAUCAAUAAUGGCUUACCCAAAGAAAAUAAAAAAGAGAUCAUGAAAAAGUAUCUUCCUCCCGAGAUUUGCAAAACAAUAGAUGCCCCAAGUUGAACUUGGAAGCCCAAGCAGCAGUCCCUGAGGCAGCAGUCAUCGGGGACAAGACCAUCGCUAGCAAGCAAAGCCAAAUAGGCUCGGCCCGUACAGCACUCGCCAUGGCGGUUGAGAACUAUCAAGACUCAUCACUGACUGGUUGGGGAUGUUCAGGUGGAAAAGAAAGAGCUGCAGGGUUGUGGAAUGAGCAUGAUAAACUUCAGCACAUCAAUUACUUGGAACUAAAUGCAGCCUUCCUGGCACUCAAAACAUUCACGAGUAAUAUUUUAAAAUUGUGAAAUAUUACUAUUGACAACCUAGUGUUGUCUAUUAUUAUUGAGCUAUUUCAUAUAUUAACCGUAUGGGUGGCGUUCAAUACCCUCACUUAAACUCGGCAGUAAGAAAUAUUUGGGAGUAUUAUGAAAGCAAAAAUUUGUUUGUGGUUGCUUUAUACAUAAAAUCUUCUCAAAUUGUGAUUGCUGAUGCUGAAUCAAGAAAGUUACAUUCUGACAUUGAGUGUGAACUAAGCGAUAAAUACCUUAACAAAAUA